AUGCAGUUCACCACAGUCAUCGUCGCCCUGUUCGCCGCCGUCGCCAUGGCCGCGCCUGCCGCCGAGCCCGCUCCCGUCGCCAUUGCUGCUCCUGCUGCUGAGGCCGCUCCCGCCGACCUGGUUGCGCGUGCGAACUGCACCGAGUGCAAGAACGGAAAGAGGAGCUGCUGCAGUCUGACUACCAUGCCAGCAUCUACUCAUGCUAGAUGCAGAGUUGAUGGAUGGGAAAACGCGUCGGCAGCGUUGUGUGUCUGUCAAAGCUGCGGAAAAUUUCGGGCCAUAUUAUAUGGAAAUGGAGGUACACUGGAGGAGCGAGAGGGUUCGUUGAACGGAUAG